AUGGGUUGGCCAGGGAGGAUGACCCUGUCUCUCCUCCUGGUUUUGGUGUCCAUGUAUCUACAUGGGGCUUCACUGCAGAAAGCUGGAUCAGCAGGGCAAAGAAAACCAUUUUUCGAGAGGCUGCGUAGACUAGAAGAGCAGUUUCGGAGGUUCCAAGAAGUGACCUUAACACAGCUGCAGGGCAUUGCCAACAACUACAACAUGUCCUAUGACAUUGAUGCCCAGUUACACAGCCUGGCAGAGGAGAGCCAGGCUGUGGCUCUGACAGUCAACAGGUCACAGGUCGCCAUCCAGGGGGACCUGGCCCACCUGAAGGCCUGGGUGAGGAAGACUCAGCACCGAAGCCGGAAGGUGGACAUGCGACUGCAGGCCUUAGACUUGGCCCUGACUGAGAAAACCAGGCAGUGGGUACAGGCAGGGAAGGAGCAGAAGACACAGAGGGAUGCCCUGCAGGAUGCACUGGUCAGCCUGACACACCAGGUCCACAGCCAGGGUGCCAGGCUGGCUGCUCUUGAGGGUCAACUACAGAUGACCAGCCCUGGCACUGCAGCCCCAGGGUGGACCCCAGCCCUAACUCCAGAUCAGCCUGUGUACCCGGGCCCACUGAUGCUGCUGACAGACAGGCAGGACCUUGCUCCUCACCCAACGGAGUCCCAGGACUUCACUGCCCAUCUCCUGGGCACACAGAAGCCCCCAGCCCCAAGCAGCCAUUGGGUACCUGGUGGGGCUGCUACAGUCCCAAGGGAUCCUCCUCAGGGACCAGGAGAAGUUUGCAACCUGGGUCCCGUGUUCACAUUCCCGGAUGCCUCCCCUGAGAACGUGAUCUUCCUCAGCCCCAGCUUCCUCACAGCCCUACGAGCUCUGUCCUUCUGCAGCUGGGUCCGCACAUCCUCUGGCCACCUGGGCACCCUCCUCUCCUACGCCACUGAAGAGAAUGACAACAAGGUGGUACUGCAUGGCCGAGACUCACUGGUCCCCGGGUCCCUCCAUUUUGUUAUCGGAGACCCAGCCUUCAGGGAGCUGCCUCUGCAGCUGCUGCUAGAUGGCCAGUGGCACCACAUUUGUAUCAUCUGGACAUCUGUCCAGGGCAAGUACUGGCUCCAUGUGGACCGCAGGCUAGUGGCCACUGGCUCCCACUUUAGGGAGGGCUAUGAGAUCCCUCCUGGAGGGUCCCUUGUGCUGGGCCAGGAGCAAGACAGUGUUGGUGGAGGGUUUGACAGAUCUGAGGCCUUUGUGGGGAGCAUGUCUGGCUUGGCCAUCUGGGACCGGGCACUGGUCCCUGGAGAGGUUGCGAACCUUGCCAUCGGGAAGGAGCUCCCUACUGGUGCCAUCCUGACACUGGCCAAUGCCUCAUGGGUAGGCAAGUUUGUGCAGAGGGCCAACUGCACCUGCCUGGAGCUUUGUCCAUAA